GCCCACUUAAACACAAUCUGUGGUUUUGCAUGUCAACAAGUUGUUUUCAAAAUAAAACAACAUUUAUUUCUUAUACUUUGAUUCGUUGGAAGUGUUACAUUUUGUCAGGUUAGAUGGCCAACGAAACGAUGAAUCAGUUUACUGAUGAUCUUUUAAAAGAGAAAAUAUUCCACUGCCAGAUUUGCGGUGAACUUUGCACGUCCGAUAUUUUCCUGGUCAAAGGUAAAGGAAAUGUGUGUGCAAACUGUUUGAAAGAAAAGUGCCAAAAGGAAAUGAAAUCCAAGGCAAUAUUGAACUCGGCUCUCAUGUUAAUUAUAGCCAAGCUGAUAUUGCCGUGCAAGUUUCAAUCCAAGGGCUGCGAAAAAAGGGUGUCAUCCAAAAAAUAUUCCAAGCACAUUAGUAGUUGCGAUUUUAAGAUGAAGCCGUGUCCGAUGAAAAAUCUGGAAGGUUGUGAUUGGUGUGGGAGCACUUCUGAAUUUAGCGGACAUUUCUUAAAAAAUCAUCAUGAUAAAGUUAUUAAAAGUGUAAACAAUAUUUUUAAAGUUGAAACGUCCUUGUCGGAACCUUUCAACGUAAAGAUGUUAUCCGACGAUUACCAAAGCUGUCUUUUAAAGACUUCAAUCGUUGAUAAUAAAUUUUAUUAUUCUUUAAAUCCACUUGAUAAAAACGACGAAAAUACGGAAUAUUCAGUGGUGCACAAAAGUAUUCAAACACCAAACCAUUCAGUAAAAACCGUCGGUACACUUACCAAACUGAACGGUUUUUAUAAUGAAGAAAAUAUGAAUAUUAACCCCAACGCGACUGCGGUAGACAUCGACUCACUGAAACAUCUUGCAGACGCAAAAAAUAUGAUUUCGAACGAGUUUAAUUUAAAUCCCAAAGGGAUAGAUGAGGAUAUGCUGAAAUUGUUGGAAUGUCCCGUAUGUAUGAGCGUGAUGAGACCUCCGAUAUAUCAGUGCAAUCGUGGACAUAGCAUUUGCAUCGUAUGUCGCGGAGAAGUAAGUGCAUGUCCUACAUGCCAGGGAGAAUGGACCAAUGUUAGGAACUUCUUUAUGGAGAAUUUCACAACCAAUGUAAAAUAUCCCUGCAAGUUUAAGAAAUAUGGGUGCAAAGAAAACGCAGUCGAAGGUGAUAUUAAGAAGCAUGAAGAAAUGUGUUUCUGGAAUACUAAUCCGUUGGGAUUUAAAAAUAUUGCCAUUAAAGAACAGACAAUUGCAAGCGUUGGCAAUCAACAAAUAAGUACACCGGUCAAGUUUAACCCGGUUACCGACACUGAUUCUACCGUUCUAAACGGUCAAAUUUGCACUAUCAACACCAAAAACCACAGCAUUACUUGCAUGAACGAAUACGCGGCAAAAUCUUUCGAAGAAUUGAGGUGGGAGGACUACCAGGACAAAAGAAAAGGUUGUUAAAUUUUUUAACCUUCCACUCAUAAACCUUGAGUCGUAGUAAAGUUAAAAAAUUAUGGCCAAAAUUGAUUUUUGCAUUCAUAUUUGUUGAUUUCACUUUCUAAAGCGCUAAAAUGACCCAAAACUGUAAAAAAUAAUAAAGAAAACCGGUUUUUUUUUAUUAUUCAGUUCCACAACAAGGUUUCCGGUUCGGUUUGGCGACGUCUUUUGGUGGCGCGCCCCUUUCCUCUGCAGUGCCGAGAAUUUUUCUCUUCGCCAAACGUUCGGUAUGAUGUUUGUCAACAAACCGUACUAAAUAUACCUAUAGGU